GUCCUCGAGCUGUGGACGGCGCAUGCGCACGCCCGGCCGCGCCUCUGUGUCUGCGUUUCCGCGGUGUUUAGGGCCUUGCGGCGGCCUCUUUGGUCCGAAUUGUGCUUCCGGCGCGAGGGUCACGGACAAGAUGGUUCCGCCGGUGCAGGUCUCUCCGCUCAUCAAGGUGAACCAGGCUCCGCAGCCGCCGCCGCUGAUCGGCCCUGCGUGGGCAAAGCGCGUGAGCGUCUCGGUGGGGCUCGAGGCCCCGGCCCGGCGCCCCCGACUCUCAGCACCCCCUGCCCUGACCCGGAGGCUGCGACCCCCCCAUCGGGCCCCGACGCCGCGGCUCGGCCGUUACUCCGCCCUGUUCCUCGGCAUGGCCUACGGCGCCAAGCGCUACAAUUACCUGAAACCCCGGGCAGAAGAGGAGAGGAGGCUCGCAGCCGAGGAGAAGAAGAAGCGGGAUGAGCAGAAGCGCAUCGAGCGGGAGCUGGCGGAAGCCCAAGAGGAUACCAUAUUGAAGUGAGCCUGCCCUUCUCCGGAGCAGUAUGGAUGAAUAAAGUUUUCUGUGCUCUGUCA